AUGGAUCUCAGCAAAAAGCCGGUGAAGGGCUUCCUCUUGGAUAUUACUGGUGUUUUGUAUAAUAGUGCGCCAGAUACUCCCGGUGUUGCCAUUCCUGCCCAUGCAAAACUUUUAGGAAUUGUGAAACAAUUUGAGGGCAUCGACACGAGCAAUCCGAACUGCGUUUUAAUGGGAAUUGUGAAACAGUUUGAGGAUAUCGACACGAGCAAUCCGAAUUGCGUUUUAAUGGGUGAUGCUGAAGAAGGCUUUAAUUACCAGACCAUGAAUGCUGCUUUUCGAGCUCUGCUGAGCAUGGACAACCCUUUGAUUAUUACUCUAGGAUCUGGGAAAUUUUAUCAGCGAUUAGAUGGGCCUUGCAUGGAUGUUGGUGGUUUUGCGCAGGCACUGAAGUAUGCAUGUGAUGCACGAAUUGUUGUUAUUGGCAAGCCAGAUGAGCAGUUUUUCAAAGCUGCUGUCGACGAUAUGGGUUUAACGAAAGAUGAGGUUGUUAUGGUUGGCGAUGAUAUAGUAUCGGAUGUUGGUGGUGCUCAGAAAGUUGGAAUCAGAGGUGUUCAGGUCAGGACCGGAAAAUGGAGGCAAUCAUGGAUAAACCAUGAUAUAAAACCAGAUUUGCUAGCCGAUGAUUUACAUUCUGUAGUUAAUAUGCUGCUAUCAGGAAAACACGUCUAG